AUGUUAGCUAUGAAGCACUUUAUGCUACCCAGAAACCCGAUAUUGAGAGAAGCAGCACCAGCAGCACACAAUGAGCAGUCCCCAAACCCUAGCUCUCACAAGACGAAACCCUCGCCAUCGCCAUCGCGAAGGACCAAAUCGUCCAAAGAGAACGCUCCGCCUCCAGAUCCAAACUCUAUUACUUCCGAUCUAAAGCCUUCGCCGUGUACUGCCUCCGCUAAGUUGAAGAGUCCCUUGCCUCCGCGGCCUCCGUCUUCAAAUCCUCUCAAGCGCAAGCUCAGUAUUGAGACCUCGCCGGAGAAUUCGCUCUCCGAUUAUGGCGUCAAGGUAGUAGUGCGAAUGCGGCCGUUGAAAAAGGACGAGGAGGAAGGGGAGACAAUAGUUCAGAAAAUAUCUGAUAAUUCUUUGUCAAUCAAUGGACAGACCUUUUCUUUUGACUCAGUAGCGGACACAGGGGCCACUCAGGCAUGA